AUUUUAGUUCGGGGGUGAGGUGCUCAGUUUAUGAAGCAAACAAUCCAUUUACUUCCCCCUCCUCCUUUUCCUCCCCCUGUAAAUGUUGGUUGUCAUGGUUGAAAGAGUCGGCACUCAGAGUACUGAGAGUGCCAUGACAACCUGUCAACAAAUCAAGCCAUCCAAACAUGACAAAAGAACUCUGAUUGGUGACUUACAGUCAGGUAGUGAAGCCCUAGCCUUUUUAAUUACCACAGCAGAGUUUGCCAAGACCUUUAAGUAAGCUCUGUUGCGAGAAGACAUAGUGCACCAAAUCCUGCUGAAAUUCAGUGCAGUGAUUGAGCUCACAACGCAAAUAUUUUACUUGCCGUUUGGAUCUAAAAGCACAAAAAAAAGGACAGAAGGAAAAAAGAAAGAAAUUACUAAGGAAUUUCUGCAUAAAGGUAGCAAAAUAGUUGUCUUAGUAUCAAUAUUACAGCUAUUAUCAGUGUCAUGCUUCAUGGGAAGAAGUUGGCCAAGCAGGUGCUGCUGCCGUCUGUGCUGGAAGACGAUGACGCAGAAACAGAAAGUGGGAAGCUGCAGCUGGGGGAGCCAAGAAUGAGCCAGACAGAGGUUGAUAUGCGUGGGCCAAAAGACCAACACUCAAGCCCUGACAGGAACGUGCUAGACGGAGGCAUAAGACACGAGGAAGACGAAGAAAAGGAGCCUGAAGUACAGGAGUGCCUGAGCUCUGAUGAGGACUAUGAUACAGAUUUGGAGCUCGAAGGUAAGGAGGCGGCAUACGAUCUGUCGGGGCAGACAUGCUACAUGACAGCGUGUAAAAAGUUCCGGGUGGUCCCUGCCUCUUAUUUCCUGCAGCAUAUGCAAAAUAGCACGCUGGUUAUGAUGCAUCGUGGCCUGGGGCCUCAGGUAUAGUAAAAAAUAAGGCAACAUUUUUAAAAUUAUUAGAAAGACAAAAAGGCUGAUACUUUCAUGGAAGGCUUUGGAGUUUGAGUUUCUGGUGACAAAAGAAAAGAUUGUCAAUAGUGCAGGGGAAGAUGAUUAAUUUCUUUAUUCUGUAGCUCUUUUUCUCCCUAAAUGUUCCUAUUUUAUUAUUGUUUUAAGAAAUAUGUUUAUUGUUAGUUUCAUAAGUAAUAAUAAUGCAAUAAUGAUAAUAAUAAUAUUACCAACAAAAACAUUUAUACAUGUUAUUAAUAAGCGCAUCUACAGUAUUAUGAAAAAAAAAAGUAUUGGGCCACCUCUUAAACCUUUAAAUGUCAUGAUGAUAGGGAGAAUUUUUAAAGUGGUCUUGAACAGUUCUCCAGGGUUUCUGAACGUCUUUCAAAGGCUUUCAUUGGACAUUGGCUGCUUUUUCAUUUUUAGUCCAGUCCUUUUACCUGACCAUUUUCAGAAGAAUGUUUUUUCUGUGUUUAGUACUGACCUAUGAAUCACUCAGGCACAAUGAAUCAAUGAAACAGUGAACUCAUUUUAAAUUUUAUCUUUAGGCACUUUGUUGCUAUCAGUUGGUUGUAAAAUACAUUAAGUACAGGAAUAAAUUAAGUUACCACAGUGAUUUAGCCAGGUACAAAGCGAGACACUUUUGUGAUACAGAAAAGUCUCACUUUAAAUUCCAAGUAGCUUGCAAAACCAUUAAUCUUAGUUUGUAGUGCACCUGUGAAACUUACCCCUCCUGGAGCUGGGUUCUGCCAAAGGUUUCUUUCUGUUAGUCCUGUAAGUCUAGGCCACUACAAAACCUUCAUUUUUGUCAGCUGUGGUUUUUGUGAAGACUGGCUGUGUAUCAGGCAGGAGUAGGACCCAAAAGCAGGACAUAUAAACACAAGGGGUAAACUAAAAGCAGCUUUAUUUAACUGAAAGUAGGUACAAAAGUCAGAAAACAUGUAAAAACCACAUCAAUGAGACUUCAGGGGCAAUAUACUGCAAGGGAGGGCAAAACAAUGAGGAACAACACCACAAAAAACAAAGGGAGAUUCUGAUCAUAUAUACAUGUCAGGUAAUUAGGAUUAGAACACAGCUGAACAGAAUCUAGCUAAUGAGACAAGGUGGAAGGAGGAGGGUUAGGAGACUAUCAAAAUAAGACAGGAAGUAACACACAGACUGAGAGCAAGACAGACACGUGAACUUAAAUGUAAUGGAAUGAGUUUCCUCCAUUUGUUGAUAAUGACUUUCACUCUAAGGCUUUGUAAUUCUUUUUGGACAAAUAAAUGUCAAUGAUUUUGUUUCCCAGCUGUUCUUGACUUUCUUUAAGUCACUGUAUGAUUUGUUGUUUUUUCUAUUUAAGCGAUUUAUUGAUUUGACAGGUGUAGCAGUAAUUAGGCAAAGGUAUGGCUAAAGAAAUUAGACUUAGCUUUUCAAAAAAAUCUGUUUUUUCACAGUUUAUUCAUGAGUUAUAAAUGGGGCAAUUAUUUUCUCACUUGGGGCCACGUAGUUUUGGAUAAUCAUCACAUAAAAACUGCAUUUUGUAUCUACGCGGACAAAUAUGCCAAAAAAAAAAAAACCAACCCCAGAGAGAGAGAGAAAAUAAAUCAGGAAAGAGCCAGAAAAACAGUGUUAGCAUAAAACUAAACUGGUAGUUUGGCUGCAGCUGGCUGUUAUUUUCAGUGAUAGAAAGUAGUCAACUGGCCACUAGACACUACUGAGGCCCAGCAUUUCCCUCAAACCAAAAAGCAGUACCAAGAGAGGAAAAAGCUGAAUUUACAUUUGCCAGGUGGCCAGGAAUACAAAGAUGUCCUCUGACCUAACAACAUUCUGCCCUACUUCGUGUUGCAAUUUAGUUCUACCCAAACAGUAAAAUCAGAUAUUGCGAUUUUAAGGUAUUUAAAAGAAAUAGUAUACUGAAGGUAAAAAUUUUAACUGCUUUCCAUCAGCUUUGUAUUCAUUAUAUUCUGUGCAAUUUUGGGAUUUACAGUAAUCAAACUAUAUUAAUAUCAGAGUUAGAGUGUUAUUACCCCAAAAACCACAAAUUAAACUGGAGACU